AUGGACUUGCUAAAUAACCUAACCAACGGCAAAGCCGGUCAAGUGCUUGAAAAAUUCGGUGGUAACAGCCAAGGCGGACAGCAGCAGCAACAGGGUUACGGUAACACCAGCGCUGGUGGUUACAGUGGUAACUCCAAUAAUUUCGGUGGCUCAUCGGGUGGCUACAAUGGUAACUCAAGCGGCUCUACUGCCGGCUACGGUGGCUCUUCUAAUGGCAGCUAUGGUGGUUCGUCUGGUAGCUACGGAAACUCGUCGAGUGGCGGCUACGGCAACUCUUCGAAUGGCAGCUAUGGUGGCUCGUCUGGCGGUUACGGUGGCUCGUCUAAUGGCGGUUACGGAAACUCGUCUGGUGAUUACGGAAACUCGUCCACUGGCGGCUACGGAAACUCAUCUGGCGGUUACGGAAACUCGUCUGGUGAUUACGGAAACUCGUCCAGUGGCGGCUACGGCAACUCUUCGAAUGGCAGCUAUGGUGGCUCCUCUGGCGGCUACGGUGGGUCUUCCAAUGGAGGCUACGGUGGCUCGUCCCAUGGCGGUUACGGAAACCCGUCUAGUGGCCACGGAAACUCGUCCAGUGGCGGCUAUGGUGGCUCUUCCAAUGGAGGCUAUGGUAGCUCGUCCAAUGGCGGCUACGGAAACUCGUCUAGUAGCGGCUACGGUGGGUCCUCUGGCGGCUACGGUGGCUCUUCCAAUGGAGGUUACGGUGGCUCGUCCCAUGGCGGUUACGGUAGCUCGUCCAAUGGCGGCUACGGCAACUCUUCGAAUGGCAGCUAUGGCAGCUCGUCUAGUGGUUACGGCAGCUCUUCUAAUGGCGGCUACGGUGGCUCUUCCAAUGGAGGUUACGGUGGCUCGUCGGACAGCUUUGGCUCUUCCGGCGGUCUGGGUGCUUCUAGUGGUCAUCACGGUGGUCAUAACAGCUCAGGCGGAUAUGGUGGCAGUUCAGCUGGCUAUGGUGGCAACUCGAGUGGCUAUGGCGGCAACUCGAGCGGCUAUGGUGGCAACUCGGGUGGCUAUGGUGGCAACUCGGGUGGCUAUGGUGGCAACUCGGGUGGCUAUGGUGGCAACUCGGGUGGCUAUGGUGGCAACUCGGGUGGCUAUGGUGGCAACUCGGGUGGCUAUGGCGGUUCAUCCGGCAGUUACGGUGGCAGCAGCUACUAA